AUGUUCAGAAAUAAUUACGACAACGACUCUGUCACUUUUUCACCUCAAGGCCGAAUAUUUCAAGUCGAGUACGCUCAGGAGGCUGUCAAACAGGGAUCAGUAGUGGUUGGGGCUGUGAGCAAGAAACACGUCGUUUUAACUGCCCUCAAGAGAAACGCGGAAGAAUUGUCCUCGUACCAGAAGAAGAUUGUCGGUGUCGAUGACCAUCUAGGAGUUGCGCUGGCCGGUCUUGCUUCCGACGCCCGCGUCCUGUCGAACUUCAUGAAACAGCAGUCUCUGUCCUCCAAAAUGACCUAUGGCCGAGCUAUACCCGUUGAACGCAUUGUCAAUAUGAUCGGUGAUCGUGCCCAGACGAACACACAACAUUACGGCAAACGACCCUACGGUGUCGGAUUAUUAGUAGCCGGAGUAGACGAGCUGGGACCGCAUCUGUUCGAAUUCUCCCCGUCAGGUAUGACUCAAGAAAUGUCGGCUUGUGCAAUUGGCGCCAGAAGUCAGAUGGCUCGUACGUAUCUCGAGAGACAUCUGGACGAAUUUGCGGAAUGCAAUCGGGAAGAAUUGAUCAAACAUGCUCUGUUGGCCUUGAAGGAGAGUCUGGCGCAAGAUAAGGAGCUGACUGUGGACAACACAAGUUUGGCCGUGAUUGGAAUGACGGAGAAGGGUGGACGAAAGAAGCUGGAGAGCUUCAAGCUGUACGAUGGACAAGAUGUUGCGCCUCUCCUGGAAGCCAGUGUGGAAUCGACAUCGACAGAAGAGGCUGGUGGAGAUGCUAUGGAGACGGAUUCGUAA